GUGACUAGUUCUUCUCCCCUCUACUCCAUCCUCGACGGGGUAGAUCAGCUGUGUUUCUGUCAUUAGCGUGUGAAUUUGAUAGAAAUUUCGCUAAAUUCGGGCUUUUUGAAACAAAUUAUGUCUUCCAACAACAUGGCAGACCCAAGGAGGCAAAAUAAGAUUUUAAGGUACAAACCCCCCAGCACAGAGACCAACCCCACCCUGGAGGACCCCACCCCUGACUACAUGAACCUGCUCGGCAUGAUCUUCAGCAUGUGUGGACUCAUGCUCAAGCUGAAGUGGUGUGCCUGGAUCGCUGUCUACUGCUCCUUCAUCAGCUUUGCAAACUCCAGAAGUUCAGAGGACACCAAACAGAUGAUGAGCAGCUUCAUGCUCUCCAUCUCAGCCGUUGUGAUGUCCUACCUCCAGAACCCACAGCCGAUGUCGCCACCAUGGUAACCGAGGGCCAAUCACAGCAGAGCAAGGAAGUAAACUGAGGAUGUUGAAGUUGGCGAUGAAACAACAGAUUGCCCCACGGCUAUCGUGGAGGAGAAACAGAGACACGGAGGAGGAUGAUACGACAGAAGAGAGAGAAAACAGAUGGACAGUGAGGAGAACACUACGCCAAGAUGGAGAGAUCGAAUGUUCCUAGACUGCACUCAUGUUCUUCUCUUUUUUUAACCUUUUCUACAUUUGUUUGCCAAUGAACACGUCAAAAUGUUGCUCUGUGUUUUACUGAUCUGACGCAGACGGUCGUAAAUAAAGUUGUACGGUUUUAAAAGUAA